UUAUCGUGAUCUGUUCUGUCCGUCCUGUGAUCUGCAUCUGACAACCGCCAGUAAUGAGAUGUAUCAAUCUCUUCCCGUGCUCCCGUGGAGAUCAUCUAUAGAUGACGUUUUUUCGAUGUGGAUUGAGUUCCGCCCAUUUUCCUCGGUCGGAUGUGACCCCGGAAUGACAUCAGCACUUGGCAGUGCCAUUCCCUAGCAUAAUCAACCCCACUCCUCCAGAGCAUGGAUGAUCUCACAUAGGAUAGCUGCCUAGCUCAUGCAAUUGCGUGGAUGCUCCAAACAACCUCGAUUUCCGCGCUGCCAUCCGUACUCCUCUCCCGGAAGGCUCUAUCGAAUGCAGCUCCCCACUACACCGACCGACGACAGUAGCCGUAUCCAAAUGUCGAAGCUUACGCUUGUCACCUCGCCCAGCAACUCUUCUGCGGCCGAACGCAAGCCGCGGCUCGACCUUCUACGCGGCCAUCCGUCGACGCGCCUGCUGCCCACCCACGCCAUCUACGAGGCCGCCGGCGUCGCCCUGAACUCGCCAUCGCUGCUGCCGCAGGACUCCUACGCCGAGAACCGCCACCCUCUGGCCUACGGCGCCGACAACGGCAACGCCAACGUGCGCGAGGAGAUCGGCCGGUGGUGCGCAGAGCGCUACCGGCUGCGUGAGGCAAUUCCACUAGAGCGGAUAUUCCUGACCAACGGGGCAUCAUACGGGCUGCAGACAGCGCUAUCGCUGUUCACGUCGCCGGUGACGGGGUACACCAAGUGCGCAUUCGUGCUCAGCCCGACCUACUUCCUCGCGGGGCGGACCUUCGAGGACGCCGGGUUCGCGUCGCGGAUCGUAGCCGUGCGGACGACGCGGACCUCGCUGGAUUUCGACGGGCUGCUGGCGCAGCUGCGGCGCGUGGAUGCUGAGCGGCCCGAUGUGUCGCUCGAGGAGGGGUUGCGUCCCCUGCUGCGCGGGGGUGCGCCACAGGCGGCGAAGAGGCUGUUCAAAUUCGUCCUGUAUUGUGUACCGACGUACUCCAACCCCACCGGUGAGACCAUGGAUCUCGACUCCCGCCGCCGGCUCGUGCAGAUCGCGCGCGAGUGGGAUAUGCUCAUCAUUUGCGACGAUGUUUACGACUUCCUGGGGAACGAUGAUCAGCCCGCUGUGCCCCCCAUGCGCCUGGUGAGUAUCGACGCCGAGACCCUGCCGCGGGAUAAGCCCGAAGGCGAGACGGGAAACACGAUCAGCAACUGCUCGUUCUCGAAACUGGUCGGCCCUGGCCUGCGCGCGGGAUGGAUCGAGAGCGCGACGGGAGUGCUGGCGAAACAGCUCGGCGACGGGGGUGCGAAUCAUAGCGGCGGCUGUCCCUCGCAAUUCACGAGCACGCUGUUGUACCCUUUGCUGCUCCCCCUCAGCGCGCGCAACCCUGUGCGGAAGAUCGACAGCAUAAUCAGCACAUUGACAUUAGCGUACACGCUCCGGUGCGGGGCUUUGGUCGCGGCUAUCCACGAGUUCCUUCCCGCCGGUACCGAGGUCUGGGGCGGUCGCGGCGGGUUCUUCGUUUGGGUCGGACUGCCGAAGGAGCUGGAUGCCUGGGAGAUUGUCAGGCUCGCGGCGGCUUAUGAGGGCCUAGUCGUCGCUAGUGGCGGCAUGAGUGAGUGUCCUGGUGAGGGGAACGCAUUGGGCUGGGCGGAUAGGUGGCUUAGAAUCGCGGUUAGUUAUUGUGAGGAGGAGGAGCUGGUCGAGGGCGUUAAGAGGCUGGCGAGGGCGGUGGAUAGGUGGAGGGAGGGCGAGAGGGCGGUGAAGAGUGAUGUCGAGGUUAAGUAAACUUAAAACUAUCGUCGUUGUAGAUGUAUCAUGUGGGAUAGAAUACAGAAUUCCGACAGGCGUACGAGCAAAAUACUGUUGUUGGCAGUACUCAAGAAGCGUAUAGGGAAAACAGGCAGUUACAUCUGUAUGUAGAUUAAAGAGAAUACACAAAGAAAGGAGCGACCUCAAUCGUCCGCCACGACUAAGCGGAGAACUCGCGACGUUUCAACACGUUUCUUGGAAUAUUCAUCCGAUCGAGUGAGAGAACAUGACGCACGUUGUGGUGCGGUUGCUGCGAUUGAUCCAGGAGCCACUAACUGAUGCGCCGUUGAGGAUGAAUGGC